AAUUGUAAUAAAUUAUUUCAUAUAUUUUUAUAAAAAAAAAUGUCAUUAUAUGAAGGAAAAAGUGUAAUUCAAGAAAGACCUGCCCUAAUUUUUGAUAUUGGAUAUGCAUACACCAAAUUUGGAUUCGCAGCUGAAUUUUGUCCAAGAUGUAUAAUACCUUCAAAGAUUACUUGUGAAAAAACAAAGAAAGUGAAAUUUAUUCAUGAAUAUAGUGACAGCAAAGAAUUAUAUGACAAUUUAGUUGAGUUCAUACAACAAAUUUGCAUUAGAUAUGGCCUAGUUAGUCCCAAGGAUAGAAAAGCAGUUAUUGUUGAAUCGUUACUGUGUCCAACAGUGUUUCGAGAAACUUUAGCUAAAGUCUUAUUUGCACAUUUUGAGGUGAAUGGAAUAUUAUUUCUUCCUUCCCACACAAUUGCAUUAUCAACUUUAGCUGUUGAAACAGCUUUGGUUGUUGAUUUGGGAUACAAAGAAGCAGUUUGUAUUCCAGUCUAUUGUGGUGUAGCUGUACUACAUGCUUGGCAAGCUCAACCGUUAUGUGCAUUUAGUGUCUAUGAUAAAAUACGUAAUGAGUUGACUUCACAAUUGUCUUUAGAUAUAGAACUUACUGAUGAUAUAUUAGAAAACAUUGCCGUACGAACAUGUUUUGUGACUACCUUGGAUCGAGCAAAUCAAUACAGAGAAGGAAAUUCUCCUACACCUCCACCAUCAGUAUCAUAUCCUCUUGAUGGAAGUACUAUAUUAGAAAUUCCUGGUAAGUUGAGAGAAACAGUAUAUGAAGAACUAUUUCCAGUAGACAAUGAUCACAUGGGACUCGGCAAUAUGAUACUUGAUGCUAUAAUAAAGUGUCCAAUUGACAUGCGUGUUCAGUUAGCAAAUAAUAUACUAUUAAUGGGUGGAGUUUCAAUGACUACUGGUAUUAAAUCACGACUUAAAUCAGAGCUUUUGCAUUUGGCUUCAACUGAAAAAUAUAAUAACAUACCUGCAUUAAGAGUGUUCAAAUUUCAUACAUCUCCUUCAAAACCUAAUUAUACUGCUUGGCUUGGAGGUGCUAUAUAUGGUGGCACAGACCUCGUAAACACAAGGGCAUUGACAAAGGAAAUGUAUGCCAAAAAUUCUCAUGUCCCUGAUUGGUCUAACUUAUUGGACAAUCUACCUGAGCAUAAUAAUGAAACACGAUGUAUUGGUAGCAAAUGAUUGUUAUGCAUAUCUGUAUCAAAAGUUUUAUUUAUUAUUUGCUUUAUUUAAAAUAAAGAAUUUUUUUAUAUCAAUUAUUUUUCUGAUUUACAAAAGACCAAGAAGAAGCUUUACCAUGAUCUUUU